UCUGUACCAUCCCAGGUUUUGCGUCACACCUCGCCACCAAACUCUCCUUCAGGACUGGAGCUUUCAUUCAGUUCUGUACAGGAUUACAACUGACGCAGGACGUAUUUGAUACCUAUUGUAAAAGGAGAAAGUGGCGCACAUUUCACCUCUCAAUAUAUUUCCCAUCGAGUGAGAGCCUGGUUUUAGGCUUUAGGCUUUUUUGGGAUGGCAGAGAAGACGUCUGAUCCUGGGUCGGUUAGUAUCAGUAUGGAGGACAGCCUGUGUAAUGGAGGAUCACAGCCGCAGGAAGCUCCACUGCUGACCCAUUUGAAGAAGGUGGAGAACCACAUCACAGAGGCGCAACGCUUUUCUCACCUGCCCAAACGCACCACUGUGGAGCUAGAGUUCAAAGAGCUCUGCUACACCAUCAGAGAAGGACCCUGGUGGAAGAAACAAGGUUACAAGGCUUUGCUUAAGUGUCUAUCGGGGAAGUUCAGCAGUCGAGAACUCAUUGGCAUUAUGGGCCCUUCUGGGGCUGGAAAGUCUACACUGAUGAACAUCCUGGCAGGGUACAGGGAAACAGGGAUGACUGGACAGAUCCUAGUUAAUGGAAAGCUCCGAGAUCCCCGAACUUUUCGUAAAAUGUCCUGUUACAUUAUGCAAGAGGACAAAUUGCUUCCUCAUUUGUCCGUUCAAGAAGCUAUGAUGGUAUCAGCCAACCUGAAGCUCAAUGAAAGCUCGGAGGUGAAAAAAGAGCUGAUAAAAGAGAUCCUGACAGCGCUGGGACUACAUGAAUGUGUCCACACUCGUACUGUGUCUCUGUCUGGAGGACAGUGUAAGAGACUGGCUAUUGCCCUUGAGCUAGUAAACAACCCUCCAGUCAUGUUUUUUGAUGAGCCCACCAGUGGUUUAGAUAGUGCCUCCUGUUUCCAGGUUGUGUCAUUGAUGAAGUCUUUGGCACAAGGAGGGCGGACCAUCAUUUGCACCAUUCACCAGCCCAGUGCCAAACUCUUCGAGAUGUUUGAUAAGCUGUAUAUUUUAAGCCAAGGCCAAUGUAUAUACAAAGGAAGUGUCCCAUACCUGAUUCCUUACUUGAGAGGACUGGGUCUUCACUGCCCCACAUACCACAAUCCUGCAGAUUUCAUCAUUGAAGUAGCCUCAGGAGAGUAUGGUGACUUGAACCCAGUCUUGUUUGAGGCUGUUCAGGGUGGCAUGUGUGCUCUGGAGGAAAAGUGCAACUGUAUCGACAAAACCACCGUAACCUCAUGCACUGCAAAAUGUGUCAAAGAUUCGGGGCAUGUUGAGAGUCAUACGUUUGCGACAAGCUCUCUGACUCAGUUCUGCAUUCUUUUGAAAAGAACAUUCAUUACAAUAUGCAGAGACCAGGUUCUGACACAUCUCCGGCUAAUGUCACAUAUCUCCAUUGGAGUGUUGAUAGGCCUUUUGUACCUCAAUAUCGGCAAUGAUGCCAGCAAAGUCUUCAACAACACCGGCUUCCUCUUUUUCUCAAUGCUCUUUCUCAUGUUUGGAGCAUUGAUGCCUACAGUUCUUACUUUUCCCCUAGAGAUGGCUGUGUUUCUAAGGGAACAUCUGAACUACUGGUACAGCCUAAAGGCUUACUAUCUGGCAAAGACAAUGGCUGACAUUCCAUUCCAGGUUCUCUGUCCCAUUAUGUACUGCAGUAUUGUGUACUGGAUGACUGAACAGCCUCCAGAGGCAAGCCGCUACUUGUUGUUUUUGGCUUUGUCAAUCUGUACAGCUUUAGUAGCCCAGUCUCUUGGGCUCCUAGUCGGUGCUGCCUCCACAUCCCUUCAGGUGGCCACUUUUAUAGGUCCCGUUACAGGUAUUCCAGUCCUGUUGUUCUCCGGUUUCUUUGUGAACUUUGACACCAUUCCAGAAUACCUACAAUGGAGUUCCUAUGUGUCCUAUGUCCGAUAUGGAUUUGAGGGGGUGAUUCUGUCCAUUUAUGGGAUGAACCGAACUGAGCUCGAGUGUCCAGGGAGGGUCUGCAAAUUUCAAAGACCUGAAGAAGUUCUGCAGUUGUUGGAUGUAGAAGAUGCCAAGCUCUACAUGGACUUCAUCGUAUUGGGGAUUUUCUUCGUCAUCCUGCGACUCGCUACAUAUGUGGUUCUUCGGUACAAAAUCAAGUCAGAGCGAUAACGUUUAAGCCUUGUGGGCUGUUUUCAGACUACUCUAAUAACCAUUUCCAAAGGUGUCAUUCUCUGCUCAGGAAGGUCAGAUUGAUUUGAUUUAUUUGUUGAUCAUUUUGGUGUUCUGGUUCUUGUUUUUAUUUGGGUGAAAUUAAUCAAUUGAUUGUCUAUGUAAUUGGCUUUAAAAAUUGCAAUAUGUAUUUUUUUUAUGUAUUUUAAUGUUACUGAUGCAGUACCAUCAUGUGUCAAAAAAACUAAAUCAGUUUCAUGCAGGGAUGA